CAGCAGUCAAGGCGGCCCGACACCACCCGCGACCAACGACGCGAUGCUCAGCUGAUGCGCCGGCUGGGCUACACACACGCCGCCAUCAGCGCGGAGCUCAACCUGUCUCUCAGCCAGGUCCAGUACGCCCUUUCGCACACGGAGACGCCCAUCACGCGGCCCGGGCGGCCCAGCAAGCUCACGGAGGCGCAGGUCCAGGAGCUCAAGGCGUUUAUGGAGGCUUCCAAGGAGAACGAGCUGAUGCCCUUUGGCAAGAUUCCGCAGGCGCUCGGAUGGGACGUGGGCGAGUACUGUAUCCGCCACACGCUGCGGAAGCUGGGCUAU